GGGAAGUCCCGGGGCCCGCGGGGAUAAACGGCCGCGGGUGGCCGAGGCCGAGCGGGAAGGUGUGGCGCGCGCAGCUCGGGGACCGGCGUCCAGGCUCGGGGCGCGGCGGCGGAGGCGCUGGCGGCGGCAGACCCUGCAUCAUGGACACUCUUUCUGAAGCAAAUGGCACCUUUGCCAUCAGCCUUUUAAAGAUACUGUGUCAAGACAACCCUUCGCACAACCUGUUUUAUUCUCCUGUGAGCAUCUCCUCUGCCCUGGCCAUGGUCCUCCUGGGAGCAAGGGGAAACACUGAAGCCCAGAUGUCCCAGGUGCUUUCUUUAAACCCAGAGGAAGACGUUCAUCAGGGUUUCCAGUCACUCCUCACCGAACUGAACAAACCUGGCACCUGCUACUUGCUUAGAAUGGCCAACAGGCUCUUUGGAGAGAAAACUUGUGAAUUCCUCUCAACAUUUAAGAAAUCCUGUCUUCAGUUCUACCACGCUGAGCUGGAGCAGCUUUCCUUUGUCAAAGCUGCAGAGGAGUCCAGGAAACAUAUAAACUCUUGGGUCUCAAAAAAGACUGAAGAUAAAAUUCAGGAGUUGUUGCCGGGUAACUCAAUCGAUGCACAGACCAGGCUUGUCCUUGUCAAUGCCAUCUACUUCAAAGGAAGGUGGAAUGAACAGUUCGACAAAGAAUACACAAGGGAAAUGCCUUUUAAAAUAAACCAGGAGGAGCAGAGGCCGGUGCAGAUGAUGUCCCAGGAGGCCACCUUCAGACUGGCCUACGUCCGCGAGGUGCACGCGCAGGUGCUGGAGCUGCCCUACGAGGGCGGGGAGCUGAGCAUGCUCGUGCUGCUCCCGGCCCCGGGCGUGGAGCUGGCCACGGUGGAAAAAAAUCUCACUUUUGAAAAAUUCGUAGCCUGGACCCAUCCAGACCGUAUGGAGAGUACUGAAGUUGAAGUUCUCCUUCCAAGAUUUAAUCUGCAAGAGAAUUACGAUAUGGAAUCUGUGCUUCGGCGUUUGGGAAUGGUUGAUGCCUUUCAACAGGGCAGGGCUGAUUUAUCUGCAUUGUCUGCUGAGAAAGACCUGUGUCUGUCCAAGUUUGUGCACAAGAGUUUCGUGGAGGUGAAUGAGGAAGGGACGGAGGCCGUGGCGUCUUCUGCCAUGCUGGUGGUGGAAUGCUGCAUGGAAAACGGGCCCAGGUUCUGCGCUGACCACCCCUUCCUUUUCUUCAUCAGGCACAACAGAACCAAUAGCCUUCUGUUCUGCGGCAGGUUCUCAUCUCCAUAAGGGGUGCACUUACAGAGCACUCGAGCAUUUCCUUCUUUCAGUGUCCCCAGACCCCUCCCUACAGCUCCAUGAGGAUGGCCCUGGAAAGCCAGUGCAAAGAUGAGGGCAGAUUCCUCAUCAUCGGAACGAUUUACUUGCCUAAUUCCACGAUGCUCCACUCAGCUCACUCCAUACUGACCACUCAUUUAUGCUGCCUAAUCAAGAUCAUGGGACAACAGAUUGUAAUGAUUCCCUGUUGUAUUUAACAUUCAGUCCAAAUCCCAUGGGAUGGCAUGCAGAGGCUCCAAAUGUAUUGCCCAUUCAUUCCACAUGCAACUCAUUCUAGUUACACAUUGCUUUCCUGGUACCUUAGAUCUUGUCUCAUACUGGCCUUAACCUGACUGUCUCAAUAGCAGUACGUGCUGCUAGAUAUUACUACUAUUAUAUAGUUUUCCUGGUGCUUGGACUUUUUAAAAAAUUUCUUUAACGCACAUUUUUAUUUUAUAUUUUUUCCACGUUCACCAAUCACCAUGUAUGUACUAAACACUGCAUUAGGCACUGGGGGUCCAAAGCAGACAAAGUCAUGGUCCUUUGACACUUGGUCUUUAAUAUCUCUGCCCCACUUAGAUGGCUUUUAUGACAACCAGGUUGGACUAUGUAAUGUCUUUAAACUUAUCCUGUGAGCCUCUUGUAGGGAAUCUCACCUUUCUUGAUGUUAUCAUAUUUCUCUACCUCCAAUGCUAACAGUAAAAAUUUUAUUCAACUAUUAAAGUUCAUUUCAAAUGUCAUCUUCUUUGAAAACUUCCUUUUCUCCAUAACCAGCUGUACAUCUUUGAACUUUCAUUGCACACUAAGGGCACUUCUCUUAUGGUAGUUGUUUUAUUUAUUAAUCUUCUGUUGUCCUCCAACUAGGCCUUAAGUUCAUCAAGGGUUGGGAUCAUAUCUUACAUAUAUGUGGGUGACUUAAAGUGUGAUGAUAAGUGCUUUGAUCAUAUGAGAGCUCUGUAAUUUUCUUAAUGGCUCGAUAUCACCAACUUUAUUGUCUUUCUUUUUUAGAAAUUUUUUUUAUUGAGGUGACAGUCACGUAAUAUAAAAUUAUCUAUUUUAAAGUGUAUAAUAGUUCAGUGCAUUUUGUAUGUUAGCAACGUUGUUCAACCACCACCUAUAUCUAUUUCUAAAAAAAUUUCAUCACCCCGAAAAGAAACUUCCUACGCCUUAAGCAGUUACUGUCCACUCCCUUCUCCUUCCAGACACUGGCAACCACCAAUCUGCUUUCUGUCUCUAUGGAUUUAUCUAUUCUGGAUAUUUCAUAUAAACGGAUUCAUAUAAUAUGUGACCUUUUGUGUCUGGCUUCUUUCCUUUGGUAUAAUGUUUUCUAGGUUCAUACAUGUUGUAGCAUGUGUCAGUACUUUAUUCCUUUUUAUGACCGAAUAGUAUUCUAUUGUAUGGACAUGGCACAGUUUAUUUAUCUACCCACCCAUUCAUGGGCAUUUGGGAUGUUUCCCCCUUUGGGCUAUUUGUGAAUAGUGCUGCUGUGAAUAUACAUGUACAUGUAUUUGUUGGAAUACCUGUUUUCCAUUCUUCUGGAUAUAUACCUAAGAGUGGAGUUGUUGGGUCAUACGGUAAUUCUAUGUUUCACUUUUUGAGGAACCACUGAACUGUUUUCCACAGCAGCUGGACUAUGUGACUUUCCAACCAGCAGUGUAUGACAAUUCAAAUCUUUCUCCACAUCCUCAGCAACACUGAUUUUUCUUUUCCUUUUCUUUUUUAUUAAGAAAAUUAUGCCCACACUAAUGGGAGUGAAGUGGUAUCUCGUUGUGUUUUUGGCUUUCAUUUUCCCAAUGACUGGUGACAUUGAGCAUCUUUUCAUGUGCUUAUUGGCCAUUUGUAUAUU